UUAAUUAUUUAUUAGCCACACCCACUAUACCUCUUAACCACGUGGUGACAAGAUGUUGCUUCUCAGACGAAAAACCCAUUCUUCUGAGGCCAGUAAAGCUUUAUCUUCCUCUGACACGUUCACUAUAGAUAAGGAAAGAAGAGAUGGAGAGCCCGGCGAGGAAGAGCGGCUGGAAAAGCUGGUGUUCGGUCGCCAGCCUUUUAUUUCCCAAGAAAAGUCGGAGAGGCGCGGGGAGUCUCCUGAGAGUAAUGAUAAAGAGGAAAGUGAAAAUAAGCGGCCCAGGAAAGCAGCACCAGUCUGGUUUGAUGAAGAUGAUGACGUCAUAAAGAUUGAUCUCAAAAAGAGUGAUUUGACUCAACUGCGUAAAACUGCUGAUGAAGACGUUGUCAGUGGACGAGAAUUUUCGUCUCGACUGAGAGAUAGGUUUCAGAAGAUAACCAAGGAGCCAGAAUGGUCUAUUAGCAUACCUCAGAAGAAACGCUCCAAAGAUACUAGUGUGGAUUCUGAUAGUGAAGGAGAGGAAGAGGAGGAGGAUAAUUUAUUAGCUGGGACUGGUCGUCUGUUAGCUGGACGUGUGUCCCGGUUACCAGGAGAAACCAUUGACAUCAAACCAAUGGGACAAGCCAAUAAGGAGAAACCAGCUCAAGCUGUGUUGCAGUCUUUGGAGUUUCAUCCAUCAGCUCAUGUCAUCCUGACAGCUGGUAGACAUAAGACACUUAGUCUAUUCCAGGUUGAUGGUGAUUCUAAUCCUUUACUCCAGAGCGUCCAUCUUCAAAGGUUUCCUAUUCUGACCUCUCACUUCAGCUCUGAUGGCACAGAGGUCAUAAUGGCUGGGGAGAGACACUGGUUCUAUGUGUUUGACAUGAUGUCAGGAAAGAUAAUAAUGAUCAACGAAAUAAAAGGUCACAGUAAGACUGUAUUCAGUUCAUUCCGUGUAUCUCCUGACAACCAGCUGCUUGCUUUCAUCAGUAAAGAUGGCUUCAUUCCUCUUGUCUCUAAUAAAACCAAGCAGUGGAUUGCUGACCUUAAGAUGAAUGGUCAAGUCACUGACGUUGCUUUUAGUCCAGACAGCAACUAUCUCCUAUCAACUGGAACUGAUGGUCAUGUGUACGUGUGGGACCUUCACUCUCGUGACUGUGUUCAUCGUUUCACUGAUGACGGCUGCAUAAAGGGAACUUCCCUCAGGGUAUCUCCCUCCGGCUCUUAUGUUGCCUGUGGUUCAGAUUCGGGCGUGGUCAAUCUCUACGAGUGGUCGUCCUGCUUUGUAAAUGUAAAACCAAAGCCUCUGAAGUCAAUAAUGAAUCUUACUACUAGCAUUAGCUCAGUGGAGUUCAACCACUCAAAUGAGAUAUUGGCUAUGUCUUCAAAUACUAAGGCGUCAGCCUUUAAAUUGCUUCACAUUCCUUCAUUGAGUGUCUUCUCCAAUUGGCCGUCACAGAAGACUCCGUUAAAGAAUGUUUAUUGUCACAGCUUCUCAUCAGACAGUCAUUACAUGGCACUGGGAAACGAUCAAGGGAAGGCUUUGUUAUACAGGUUAAAUCAUUAUCAUAAAGGUUUUACUGCAACAUGAAGAUUGAAAUAAGCAACUCUUUUUUGUCUUUUACUUUAUUUCUUCUUUUUUUGAUCGCAAAAUUAUUUUUUCUUAAAAAAUGAUUUUGGUUGCUAUUAUCA